GGACAUGGUAUGCUGUAUUCUACUCAGAAAAGUCAAAUGAAAAAAAAAAAAGCGCCCCAGGUUCCCCCUCCCCCUUCUUCCAAGGCUCGUACUCCUCUCCCUCCUCCUUCGACCACCAAAGGCCUUGUCACUUCCUCUCUAGUCUCUCCUACCUCGCCCACCGGAGAAAAAAUUGCAACCGUUCUCCCAAGGGCUAGAAGGAUCUCAUAGCAAGCAUGAACACAAGAGAGAUCACAAGUGCUGGUGUGUGUGAGAUACAGGAGGUGGAGGAGGAACCGGGAGCCUCUGAGUCCCGGCAAGCGGUGCCGGCGAGUCUGGGCAACGGCGUGGAUGGCGACGACGUGUACGUGGCAGUGGGGAAGAGUAGUUCGAGCAUGGAUGCACUCUCAUGGGCGUUGAAGCAUCUCGCCAAGCCUUCGAGCUUCGUCUAUCUUAUACAUGUCUUCCCUGAGGUCCAUCAUAUUCCAACUCCAUUAGGAACAUUUCCAAAGCACCAACUUAGUGAAGAUCAAGUGGAGAGCUACAUGCAUCAAGAGAGGACCAAGAGACAAGAAAUGUUGCAAAAGUACCUAAACUUAUGCCAUAGUUCUAAGGUGGAGGUGGAUACUUUUCUUAUUGAGAGUGAUCAGAUUGUAAAGGCUGUUGUUGAUCUUAUUCCAGUGCUCAACAUAAAAAGGUUGAUUGUGGGUACCACAAAAGCUAAUGUGAGAAGAUGGAGGAGAAACAGCAAAGCAGGACAAAUACAUAAAGAUGCACCUGACUACUGCGAAGUCAAGAUUAUAUGUGAUGGGAGAGAAGUUAAACCUCCUCCGGCAACAUUAUCCUCACCAAAUCCUGUUACUGCCGACAGCAAGAACAAAGACAGCGAGCAGAGUCACAGAAACAAGGAUUCCGUACUUUGUAUUUGCUUUCCAGGAAAAUCCAUGUAGUCUGCUCUUAUGUUUCAUAAAUCAUAAUACUGAUGGUCUUUACUAGCGAAAACUAUCGAAAUCAUUCUUUUAGAACUA